UAUUCUCUGGAUGAAGCAAAGUUGUCUGACCUGCUCUCUGAUCUUUGACAGGUUCUGCCUUCGACAGGUCUGGGGAUGAAGGCUGCCAGCAUUUUGACCCUGAUUGGCUGCCUGGCCAUGGCCGCUGAGCCCAAAGUCUACACUCGCUGUAAACUGGCAAAAAUAUUUGCAAGGGCUAACCUGGACAAUUACCAGGGCUUUACCCUUGGAAACUGGAUCUGCAUGGCGUACUAUGAGAGCCGCUACAACACCACGGCUCAGACCAACCUGGAGGACGGAAGCAUUGACUAUGGCAUUUUUCAGAUAAACAGUUACACGUGGUGCCGGCGUGGGACGCUACAAGAGAGAAACCACUGUCACGUAGCCUGCUCAGCCUUGAUCACUGACGACCUCACAGAUGCGAUUGUCUGUGCCAAGAAAAUUGUUAAAGAGACAGAAGGGAUGAACUACUGGCAAGGCUGGAAGAAAAACUGUGAGGGCAGAGACCUCUCUGAGUGGAAAAGGGGGUGCAAUGUUUCAUGAAUUGGAAUUGCUCCAAGG